AUGAGAUCCGCAACCUUCCUCGCCUACUUCAUGGCCCUUUUCGCUAUGUUCUUUGGCCUCUCCUCCUCCACCUCGGCUGAGAUGAUUUCCGACCUCGAGCCCCGUGGCGUCGCCCCCACCAAGCCCGUCGGUGCUGCCUUUGACGGUACCAUUGACCUGCUUGUCAAGGAGCACUCUUCCAUUGUCGUCAAGGCCUUUGCGGAUGUUUGUACUGAUGCUAACUUGUCGACUGAUAUUACUACCGAUAUCCGUGUUCAGAUCAGCGGAUUGAUCAACAUUGACUUUGGUCUCGGUACAAAGCUCUCCGCCGCGUUGCGCUCAUCCAUCAAAGCCACAGUCCGCACCGAAGUCGACCUGGAGACCAAGGCCCAAUUCUCCGCCAACCUCCGCACAAACCUCGCCGCCCUCAUCACAAAGCGCUGCCCAGCCCACGACGGCGCCUGCAUCAAACUCCAAGCCAAGAACAUUGUCAAGGACGCCGUCAAACUCACCACCAAGGCCUCGGUCAAGAUCUCCGACAAGAUCUCUGUCAACCUCGCCACGCGUGUGAAGGCAGCGAUUCAGAUCCAGGUCAAGAAGUUUUCGGUGAACUUGUGGUUGAUCAAGAUUAAUGUGACGGGAGAUGUGGAGGUUUCGAACAGUGUUGCGUUGAGGUUCAAGAAUGCUGCUGGGCUUGUUGCGAGUGCUUGUGCGGAUAUUUCGGCAAAGUUGGUUUCGCAGAUCAAGACCAUUGCCUCUGCCUAG